ACUUCUGGACGAAUUGAUUGUUGUAGUUCUGUCCUUUGGGACCUUUGGGUACCUUGUUGUGAGUGUCAAGUUUGCUAAUGCACAUUUCUAAAUGUUAGAAUAUAAUAUAAAACCAUUCACGUGGCUCUUACCCAAUAGCUUAAGCUUUUGGUAUAAUUGGUUAUUUGACACUAAGUUCAAACCACUAUUACUGCCUUUCUGUUUGAUAAAAGUCAUGUGCGGAUGGAUCAUUCAUCUGUUUUGCCAUGUUCUAUGUGCUUCUGCAUCAGAGAUUAAGUUUCUUAGACUGGCUUUGCUAUAAUAACCAAACUUCAGCUAGGAAUAGGCAUAAUAGUGGGUGUUUGAUUCUAUCAUUCUAUCACUUCCUGCACAAUCUCUCUUUCCUUUCAUUUAUUUCAUGGUAAGGGAUUUCAAUGUUGCAAAAACGGAGACUGAUAUUAGUUCUUAUGCCGGUUAUGUGGGAUCUACAUUCAUGCUCGGAAGAGCUUUGACUUCUGUAAGCUGGGGAAUGGUUUCUGAUCGCUAUGGUCGAAAACCUGUUAUAAUUUUAGGGGUUAUUGCAGUUGUCAUUUUCAACACACUAUUUGGCCUUAGUACAAAUUUUUGGAUGGCUAUUGUCACUAGAUUUCUUUUGGGAAGUUUGAACGGUCUAAUAGGACCAGUGAAGGCCUAUGCUACUGAAAUUUUUCGAGAAGAGCAUCAAGCUCUAGGGCUCUCUACAGUCAGUACAGCUUGGGGUAUGGGUCUGAUUAUUGGCCCAGCAUUGGGAGGCUAUUUAGCUCAGCCAGUAGAGAAAUUCCCACAGAUAUUUCCAAAGGAUUCCUUUUGGGAUAAGUUUCCAUACUUCUUGCCCUGCUUUAUCAUAUCAGGACUAGCAUUUGCAGUACUUAUUGCCUGUAUCUGGAUUCCGGAAACACUUCACUAUCACAAAGGUAGCAACGAGUCCACAGAUGAUGCUGACACUUUAGAAAAUGGAAGCAGCAGGGUUGAAGAAGUAAAGAUAAUCCACAAGAAUGAAAACCUCUUCAAGAAUUGGCCCUUAAUGUCAUCUAUCAUUGUUUAUUGUAUUUUCUCACUUCAUGACAUGGCUUAUCAAGAGGUUCUUUUGAGGAGUUUCCUGGAGAUCAAGGCGAGGAACGUGAAGGAGGUUGUGAGGAAAACGCUGGAGGAGUUACAGGUUUUCUCUUUGUGGGUUGUCAGCCCUCGAAGGCUCGGGGGUUUGAACUUUACAACUAAUGAUGUUGGUAAUGUUCUUGCAAUAACAGGUCUUUCACUUAUCAUCUACCAACUUACCCUAUACCCGCAUGUGGAAAGAACUUGUGGACCUAUUGGCAUUGCCCCCAUUACAGGGAUGCUUUCCAUACCAAUUUUGCAAAGUUACCCCUUUAUAGCAAUGUUAUCAGGCAUAACACUAUUCAUAGUGAUAAGUGCUGCUUCUAUUCUGAAGAACAUUCUGGCUGUUACUAUCACUACUGGUUUAUUUCUUUUGCAAAACAGAGCAGUGGAGCAGCACCAAAGGGGGGCAGCUAAUGGCAUUUCAAUGACAGCUAUGUCUCUAUUCAAAGCUAUUGGCCCUGCUGCAGGUGGUGCAUUAUUAACUUGGUCUCAAAAGCGGAUGCAUGCUUCUUUCCUGCCAGGCACCCAUAUGGUCUUCUUUAUAAUGAAUUUAGUUGAAGGACUUGGAAUAUUGAUGAUGUUUAAACCAUUCCUUAGUCAAGAGAAGAAAAGACACUCAGAUCAGUUACAUUGACAUCAAUCAACUUUGCCUGGGGCAUGGCAACAUCUCUAUGAAGUUGUCCAUUAUUAAGGACAAUGAGGGUAACAAGGUGCUUAACUUUGUCACCAUUAUUGAUUGCACCAAUUAGUAUGACAUGCCAUUUUUAUGUGGAAGCCGCAAUAUUGGUUUUUCUGGAAGAUGCAAAGAUUGCAACUCCGCUGAAGUUGGAUGAGUUGUAAAAGUUUGAGCGUUGAUUAGGAAAAAGCUAUUUUCAAUCAAAAGCCCGCUUGUUUCAUUAAUGAAUUUGGGUGUUCAAGGGCUUUUGUAUGUCUUUCACAGUUUGUUUAGUGGAUAUGAUAAUGACAUAACAAGAAUAAGAUUAUUUAAUCACAUCCUACUGUGCUUUUGUUGCACUAACCGCAU